UCACGUAUUCACCUCCGAAGAAGAAACCACAAAGAAAGUUGAAAAGAAAGAAAAAGAUGAUCAUCAUCACACUGCUACAAAAGUUAUCGCAGGAGCUGCUCUUGUUGAAGAAACCACAAAGAAAGUUGAAAAAAAAGAAAAAGAUGAUCAUCAUCACACUGCUACAAAAGUUAUCGCAGGAGCCACUCUUGUUGGUGUUGAGAAACAUCAUCAUGACAAGAAAGUAGAAAAGGAGGAACAUGAAGAAGAACAUGAGGGUAUUAUUAGUGGAGUAACAUCAACCAUUGGAUCAACAUUUAGUGGCUUCUUUGGAAAACAUGAUACUAAAUCGGUUGAAACCACAAAAACCAUCAUCUCCAAACAAACCAAUGAAGGCUCAUUUUGUAUUUCCGACACACUUUCUGAAAUUCUUGAAAUUUCCUCGGAUACAAAAUCUCAAUCAUUCGAAUCUACCAUUCAAACAUAUGCUGUUAGCAAAAACCUCAAGAAAACCACUACACAUACCACCUGGUGGACAACUGCAAUUACUAUUAGUUAUCUUAAAUUACAUGCUUCCUCUCAUGAAACGACUUGGAAAGUUCAGUAUGAAAAGGCCAGAAAAUAUUUAAGUGAACAAAUCAAAGAUGCUGAGCUUGAAGAGGAGCUUUUGAAAACUUGUUCCAAACUUGUUGAAGAAAAAACAACCAAAAAAGUUACCACUGAUACUAAGGUUAUUGCAGGUAGCUCCACCGUAACACAGUCAUAUGAUAAAAAAGGAGAGAAGAAACAUGAAGAAGAACAUGAGGGUAUUAUUAGCGGAGUAACAUCAACAAUUGGAUCAACAUUUAGUGGCUUCUUUGGAAAACAUGAUACUAAAUCGGUUGAAACCACAAAAACCAUCAUCUCCAAACAAACCAAUGAAGGCUCAUUUUGUAUUUCCGACACACUUUCUGAAAUUCUUGAAAUUUCUUCUGAUACAAAAUCUCAAUCAUUCGAAUCUACCAUUGAAACAUAUGCUGUUAGUAAAAGCCUCAAGAAAACCACUAAACAUACCACCUGGUGGACAACUGCAAUUACUAUUAGUUAUCUUAAAUUGCAUGCUUCCUCUCAUGAAACGACUUGGAAAGUUCAGUAUGAAAAGGCCAGAAAAUAUUUAAGUGAACAGAUCAAAGAUGCUGAGCUUGAAGAGGAACUUUUGAAAACUUGUUCUAAAAUUGUUGAAGAAAAAACGACCAAAAAAGUUACCACUACAAGUAGUUCCACCGUAACACAAUCACAUGAUAAAAAAGGAGAGAAGAAACAUGAAGAAGAACAUGAAAGUAUUAUUGGUGGAGUAACAUCAACCAUUGGAUCAGCAACAUCAACCAUUGGAUCAACAUUUAGUGGAUUCUUUGGAAAACAUGAUACUAAAUCAGUCGAAACCACAAAAACUGUAAUUUCCAAACAAACCAAUGAAGGCUCAUUCCAAAUCUCUGACACACUUUCUGAAAUUCUUGACAUUUCCGCAGAUACAAAAUCUCAAUCAUUCACCUCUACCAUUCAAACAUAUGCUGUCAGCGAACGUCUCAAGAAAACCACUACACAUACCACCUGGUGGACAACUGCAAUUACUAUUAAUUAUCUUAAAUUGCAUGCUUCCUCUCAUGAAACAACAUGGAAAGUUCAAUAUGAAAAGGCCAGAAAAUAUCUAAGCGAACAGAUCAAAGACGUUGAACUCGAAGAGGAACUUUUAAAAACUUGUUCUAAAAUUGUUGAAGAAAAAACGACCAAAAAACUUACCACUACAAGUAGUUCCACUGUAACACAAUCAUAUGAUAAAAAAGGAGAAAAGAAACAUGAAGAAGAACAUGAGGGUAUUAUUAGUGGAGUAACUUCAACCAUUGGAUCAACAUUUAGUGGAUUCUUUGGAAAACAUGACACUAAAUCAGUUGAAACUACAAAGACCAUCAUCUCUAAACAAACCAAUGAAGGCUCAUUUU